AUGCAGUACUGGUCUCGAAGGCUGGAACAAGAGAUUGAUGGAGUGAUGAGGAUCUUUGGGGGUGUCAAACAGCUCAGAGAGAUCUACAAGGACAACAGAAACUUGUUUGAGAUUGAGGAGAAUGUCCCCCAGAAGCUUGUGGAGAAGGUUGCAGGAGACAUUGAGAGCCUCCUGGCCAAGAAGGUCCGGGCUUUGAAGAGACUGGCUGAUGCUGCAGAGAGAUUCCAGAAGGCCCAUCGUUGGCAAGACAACAUCAGGGAAGAAGAUAUCCAGUACUAUGACUCCAAGGCGGAUGCUGAGCUGGAGGACCCCGAGGGUGAGGAGUUUGAGAGAGAAAAGCCCAGUACUCUGCAGCUGGACUUCGUUGAGGACCCAAACUUUAAAAACAAAGUCAACUACUCCUAUACGGCUGUCCAGAUCCCUACAGACAUCUACAAAGGCUCCACAGUGAUACUAAAUGAGCUCAAUUGGACAGAAGCCCUGGAGGAUGUAUUUGUUGAGAACCGAAAGGAGGACCCAUCCCUGCUAUGGCAGGUUUUUGGUAGUGCCACAGGGGUCACCCGAUAUUAUCCAGCGACCCCUUGGAGAGCACCAAAAAAGAUUGACCUAUAUGAUGUUCGCCGGAGACCCUGGUAUAUCCAAGGAGCUUCCUCUCCUAAGGACAUGGUCAUUAUCGUGGAUGUAAGUGGCAGUGUGAGUGGCCUGACACUGAGGUUGAUGAAGACAUCCGUCUGUGAGAUGCUGGACACCCUGUCUGAUGAUGACUACGUCAACGUGGCCUCGUUCAAUGAGAAGGCCCAGCCUGUGUCCUGCUUCAACCACCUGGUUCAGGCCAAUGUGCGAAACAAAAAGGUUUUCAAGGAAGCUGUGCAGAACAUGGUGGCAAAAGGGACCACAGGUUACAAAGCCGGCUUUGAAUAUGCCUUUGACCAGCUCCAGAAUUCCAACAUCACCCGAGCUAACUGCAACAAAAUGAUCAUGAUGUUCACUGACGGAGGGGAGGACCGGGUGCAAGAUGUGUUUGAGAAGUACAACUGGCCCAACAGGACGGUUCGGGUGUUCACCUUUUCUGUAGGACAACACAACUAUGACGUGACUCCCCUGCAGUGGAUGGCCUGUGCCAAUAAAGGUUACUAUUUCGAGAUCCCCUCCAUUGGGGCUAUCCGAAUCAACACGCAGGAGUACCUGGAUGUCCUGGGCAGACCAAUGGUCCUUGCGGGCAAUGAGGCCAAGCAGGUGCAAUGGACCAAUGUGUAUGAAGAUGCUCUGGGCCUCGGGCUAGUAGUGACUGGAACCCUCCCUGUGUUCAAUCUGACCCAGGAUGGCAGUGGAGAGAGGAAGAACCAGCUAAUCCUGGGUGUAAUGGGGAUUGAUGUGGCUCUGAAUGACAUCAAGAAGCUGACCCCAAAUUACACGCUUGGUGCAAAUGGUUAUGUAUUCUCCAUUGACCUCAAUGGCUAUGUCCUCCUCCACCCCAACUUGAAGCCUCAGGUCACCAAUUUCCGGGAGCCAGUGACCUUAGAUUUCCUAGAUGCUGAACUAGAAGAUGAAAACAAGGAGGAGAUCCGAAAGAGCAUGAUUGAUGGGAAAAGGGGGCACAAACAAAUCAAGACUCUCAUCAAAUCCCUGGAUGAGAGGUACAUUGAUGAAGUAAUUCGAAACUAUACCUGGGUCCCAAUCAAAAGUACCAACUACAGCCUUGGGCUGGUCUUGCCCCCUUAUAGCACGUUCUAUCUACAAGCCAAUCUCAGUGACCAGAUCCUGCAGGUCAAGUUGUCAAUCAGCAAACUGAAGGAUUUUGAGUUCCUGCUCCCAAACAGCUUUGAAUCUGAAGGACAUGUUUUCAUUGCUCCCAGAGAAUACUGCAAGGACCUGAACGCCUCGGACAACAACACGGAAUUUCUCAAGAACUUUAUUGAGCUCAUGGAGAAGGUGACUCCAGAUUCCAAGCAGUGUAACAACUUCCUCCUGCAUAACCUGAUUCUGGACACUGGCAUCACACAGCAACUGGUGGAGAAGGUGUGGAAGGACCAGGACCUCAACACGUAUAGUCUCCUUGCUGUGUUCGCUGCUACUGAUGGGGGCAUCACCCGAGUUUUCCCCAACAAGGCAGCUGAGGACUGGGAUGAGAACCCUGAGCCUUUCAAUGCCAGCUUCUACCGGCGCAGCCUGGACAACCAGGGCUACAUCUUCAAGCCUCCAUAUCAUGACUCUCUCCUUAGACCACUAGAGCUGGAGAACAACACCAUGGGUAUCUUGGUGAGCACAGCUGUGGAACUCACACUUGGGGGAAGGACACUAAGACCUGCAGUAGUGGGAGUGAAGUUGGACCUGGAAGCCUGGGCUGAGAAGUUCAAGGUGUUAGCCAGUAACCGAACAGACCGGGACCAGCCACAGAAGUGUGGCCCCAACAGCCACUGUGAGAUGGACUGUGACGUGAACAAUGAGGAUCUGCUCUGUGUCCUAAUUGAUGACGGUGGCUUCUUGGUGCUCUCCAACCAAUACAAUCAAUGGGACCAGGUGGGCAAGUUCUUCAGUGAGGUGGAUGCCAAUCUGAUGUUAGCUCUUUACAAUAACUCCUUCUUCACUCGAAAAGAGUCCUUUGACUACCAAGCUGUGUGCACCCCCCGGGCCCAGAGCAACACAGGCGCUGCCCCCCGAGGGGUCUUUGUACCUACCAUCGCUGACUUCCUCAACCUGGCCUGGUGGACUUCAGCAGCAGCCUGGUCCUUACUCCAGCAGCUUCUCUAUGGACUCACCUAUCAUAGCUGGUUCCAAGCAGAUGAUGCAGCUGCUGAGGGCUCGGAGACCAGGGAGACCAGCUGCAUCAUGAAACAGACCCAGUAUUACUUCAGCACCGCCAAUGCCUCUUACAACAGCAUCAUAGACUGUGGGAACUGCUCCAGGCUGUUCCAUGCCCAGAGACUGGCCAACACCAACCUGCUCUUUGUCGUGGCUGAGAAGCCCUUGUGUAGCCAGUGUGAAUCAGGCAAACUGCUCCAAGCAGAGAGGCGCUCUGACGGGCCGGAGCAGUGUGAACUAGUACAGAAGCCACGAUACAGGAAAGGGCCUCACAUCUGCUUCGACUACAAUGCAACGGAAGAUACCUCAGACUGUGGCCGAGGAGCCUCCUUCCAAGCAUCCCUGGGCAUCCUGGUAUCCCUGCAGCUGCUGCUCCUCCUGGGCCUGUCACCCCUGCCCCUGCCCCGGCCUCACAAUGACCCCUCCUGCCACCUCUGAACCCCAUCCCCCUCAGCCCUGGCCUCUUCACCUUAGCCACCCUUCCCUUCUUG